CAGUAGUGGCUCAGUCCUCACCUGUCCUUCCCAAACCCCCCCUCCGAACAGAGACAAAUACACCCACGCGCGGCCGCAAAAGCUCUCGCGUUGCGCCGGAGCUCCUCCGCCGCGAGACAUGGCCGGUGCGGCGGGUGAAGACGCCGGGAUGGACGAGGUCCAGAGGCGCCUCAUGUUCGACGACGAAUGUAUUUUGGUAGAUGAACAAGACAAUGUCGUUGGCCAUGAAUCGAAAUAUAACUGCCAUCUGAUGGAAAAGAUCGAAUCUGAGAACCUGCUCCACAGGGCUUUCAGUGUAUUUCUUUUCAACAAAAAAUAUGAGCUGCUACUUCAGCAAAGAUCUGAAACAAAGGUUACAUUUCCUUUAGUAUGGACCAACACCUGCUGCAGCCAUCCUCUGUACCGUGAAUCCGAGCUUAUCCAGGAAAACUUCCUUGGUGUCAGAAAUGCUGCUCAGAGGAAGCUCUUAGAUGAGCUGGGCAUCCCAGCCAAGGAUGUGCCAGUUGACGAAUUCACCCCUCUCGGUCGGAUGCUUUACAAGGCCCCAUCUGAUGGGAAAUGGGGUGAACAUGAGCUGGACUACUUGCUGUUCAUUGUCCGUGAGGUGGAGCUGGUCCCAAACCCGGACGAAGUAGCUGACGUGAAGUACGUGAGCCGUGAGCAGCUGCAGGAGCUGAUCCGCCAGGCGGACGCCGGGGAGGGCGGCGUGAAGCUGUCCCCCUGGUUCAGGCUGGUGGUGGACAACUUCCUCAUGGGCUGGUGGGAGCACCUCGAGAAAGGCACGCUUCAAGAGGCCGUGGACAUGGAGACCAUCCACAAGCUCAAGUAAGGGAGGGCGCAGAUGCCGUGCUGUGGCUGCUCCGGCAGUCCCCGAUGAAAAGUUCUUGCGCUACUACCCGUUGUAUGCUAAUUUCAAAGUUACCCAAGGCCCUCCGCCCUGUAGUGGUGGGCUUAUUUCAAAGUUUUACUUUGACCGUUACUUAUAGUAUGUGGAUUAUGUGGUAUGAAAAUUGUAUCAUUGAAAACUUUUUUUUUUGCUCCAGCAGAAAACUUUUUUCAAAUACAAAUCCAUCGAAUCUAA